AAAGAGAUGCUUUGCAGCAAAAAUAAUUAAGACACAAUCGCUUUCCCUUCCUCCUUAAUUACGACAUGGCUUGGAGGUUUACGUCCUUAUUUCUCUUCUUGUUCGUCGUUUUCAAUCGGGUGAGGGCUAAGAUUGUUUUAGAAGACGGGUACGAGGUUACAACAGUAGUCGACGGUCACAAGUCUGGUCUGAAUCCACACACGAUUCAUGCUCUUCCAGGAUCUUCCAGUCUGAUCGUCCUUGAUUCGUCCGGAAGCACAUUCUACACUACUUCGUUUCCUCUGUCCGUUGAUAGUGUGAUAAACCGGUUUGCUGGGGAUCGGAAUCCCGGUUAUUUAGAUGGUAAAGCUGGUAACAGCCGGUUUAACAAACCCCGUGGUUUUGCUGUGGAUGCUAAAGGGAAUGUCUAUGUUGCUGAUAAGAAUAAUAAAGCUAUACGCAAGAUCAGCUCUUCAGGUUAUGUAACCACCAUUGCUGGAGGAAUCUCAAAGGAUAUUGGACAUAGAGACGGACCUGCACAGAAUGCAACAUUCUCUAGCGAUUUCGAGCUAACUUUUGUUCCUGAAAGAUGUUGUUUGCUUGUUUCCGACCAUGGAAACGAAAUGAUCCGCCAGAUAAAUUUAAAGGAGGAGGAUUGCCUCGAAAGCUCUCACUCUAAUUUAGGGAUAUACUCGCUCUGGUCAAUAGGGUUUGUCCUUUCAUGCUUUCUCGGGGCUGCCAUAGGUUUUGCUGCUCGUCCUUACAUCAUUCGUCAUACAGGAAGAAGUGAACCACCUCUCGUUCAUCGCGACAUGGAAGCUUCUCCUAAUCAAAUUGGGGGAACAAGCUCUGAUCUUCUUCUCCUACAUUAGAAACCGAGUUGCUGGAUCAACGGUUUAUUCGGUACUAAGUAGACUAGUUAUGAUGAUCGUGUCUCACCUUUCCCUCAUGUAUUCCGCAAUAAGUAGAUUAGUAAGUUCGAUGGUAUCUCCCCUUUUCUUCAUGUGUCAACCCAACAAUGUAGUUAGUUUAGACAAGACAGUCUCUUUCUCUGAUGCCGACAGCCCAAGUUGCGGCAACUCAAAGCCGCCGCUUUCUCUGAAACCCUCUGAUGAUCUUAUGGACUUGAUUAGCUUUGAUGAUGCACAAGAGUGCACUGAUCAAGAGACGGACGCUGCUUUGUCUCUUCCUCAUGCAACCAUAGAUGAUAUUAUUAAGGUUCAGGUUGAAGGAUUUUCAAAGAUGGCUGAGGAAAACGCUGCAUCUCGUGGUUCUUCCUCUGCUGAGUAAGUUUCGGUUAACAGGACAUGGAGGCAGAGGAAGCAUGUAUCUUUUGUAAAUCUUAUGUUCUAGGAGUUAAGUAGCUUUGUGCUGAACGAUUGCUUGAUAAUCUUUAUGGAAGUCCUCAUCUUUUUCUUUA